AUGGUCAGUCGAGAAGAGGAGGACCGCACUGGGAGCAUGUAUGCAAACAAAUCUGCUGCCAAUGGUGGUGCGGUUGGUGGUGCUGACGAUGCGGGAAGCAGUGCUGCUGCUGGUGGUGACACUCGUGGUGCUGGCACUGGUGUUGGCAGUGCUGUGGGUAAUGGUGGAAGAGGAGGUGAGUUUCACAAUGGUAGUCACGGGCAGGUGAGGGAGGAGAAGGAGGAGUUGAAAGAAGUGGAUGAGGGCACGGGAACGAGCACACUAUCCCCUACCGGCAGCAGUGUUAGCACCUAUGAGCUUUCAGCCAUGGAUUUUCCCGAGUCUGACAGCUUCGGCAGCCAAGCCUCCACCUCAGCUCCGGCAGCCGUAGCAAGGCCUGGAAGGCCAGGAAGUCUGGGCCGAGGCAGGGGUGCAGGUACGGGGAUCCUUGCUGGUGUUACCAUGGCUCCAGGCCCGAGAUUAGCCAGCAGCCCUGCCCUUGCAUCCUUCCACAGGAGAGGCCGCGGCUCCUUUGGCAGCGGCGGCAGCGGCGGCGCCGGUACUGGCAGUUCCGGGGGCCCUGGCUGGGCGAGUGGUGGGGCUGGUUAUGUGGCUGCUGGUGGUGGGGUUGGUGGUGGGGCUGGUUAUGUGGCUGCUGGUGGUGGGGUUGGUGGUGGGGCUGGUUACAUGGCCGCUGCUGGUGGGGCUAUUGCUACCAGUGGAAGCGGGGGCAGCGGCGGCGCCGGUACUGGCAGUUCGGGUGGCCCUGGCUGGGCGAGUGGCGGGGCUGGUUACAUGGCUGCUGGUGGGGUUGGUGGUGUGAUGAGUGGUGUGGUGGGUGGUGGCGCUAUUGCUGCCAGCGGCAGUGGUUCGGUGCAGCAGCAGCAGUACCCGUGGUGGGUGGUGGCGCCUCCCAAUGCCCAGUGCCGCGCCGAGGAGAUCCGCAUUGAGUUCUAUGUCUCACCCGCUAUACCGCUCACCAGCAAGGGCAGGGAGCAGGGGGAGGCGCUGGGGCGAUACCUGUUGGAGUUCCAAGGAGUGAUGUUUGACGAGGUGUUUGCCUCUCCCAUCCCCAGAGCAUGGGAGACUGCUUAUGCCACAUGCCAGGAGCUAGGCUUCCCACCCAGCCUAAUGCGAGAGGCAGAUGAAUUAAAGGAGCAGAGCUGCGGGCAGUGGGAGGGGAAAAAUCGGGCAGAUGUGUUCCCCACUGACGCCUCUCUCCCACGAAUCACAAGCGCCCAGCCGGAUUUUUUCUGCCCGGGGGGGGAGUCACAGCGGCAGGUUGAAUUCCGAAUGGUUGAGUUUCUCAACCGUCUCGCAGUCUCGGGCUCCUCCUCACUUUUAGCUAAAAGCCGCUCCAUGCCGCCCAACGCUCCUCCCAUCCCACCGUACCGCAUCGGCAUCUUCUCGCACUCCACUGCAAUCAACCAAUAG